AAUCUUUAGUUUCUAGGGUUUCGCUUACCUUCCCUCCGCGCCAUUGAGCUCCGACCUGAGCUUUUCCGGGAUUACUAAAGCUGAAAUUGAAACACCUCCAUUUGCAUCUUCAGGGAGAUAAUAAAACUGUGUUGAGUAGAAAUGAGUGCUGCAGCUCACAGGACUCCUAAAUCAGGGAGGCAAUCUUUGCUAUUUCAAGAUUUAGCUUCUCCUGUUUCAGCACGUAGAGGGAAAUUCUCGAGUCCAGGACAGGCAGCUGCGGUAUCUGCACUAUGGCGUGAAAAUUUCGGAGGAUCGGAUCUUCCACCACCUCCAAUGUAUACUUUAGAUGACCGGUCGGAUUUCUCCCCUGAGUCUGGCAUUGCAGACUACUCUGCUUCUCCAGAUGCUAAAUCUGACAGAAGAAUGCCUUUCCAGAGUUCUGGAAAGAAUAUUGUAACUCCCGGUAAAGGAAAGUUGGAAGCAAGCCCGUCUUUUUCUCUACUGAAUGCACAACAGAGUCAGCAAAUUUCAGGGAGUCCGAGUUGGUGGUCGCAGUCAAAGGCAGGUAGUAGUACCGAGCAGGAUGAUAAAGGGAAGGGUUCUCCUGUAGAAGGGGUGGUUCAGCCAGGUGCAUUGGUCACUCUUCCGCCGCCAAGAGAAGUUGCUAGGCCAGAGGUUCAGAGGCAGAUUAUACCUACAGGAAACCUUGAUGAGGAAGAAUGGGUCACUGUCUAUGGAUUUUCUCCAGGUGAUACAAAUUUGGUACUACGGGAAUUUGAAAAGUGUGGUAUGGUCUUGAAACAUGUUCCUGGUCCAAGGAAUGCCAACUGGAUGCACAUCCUCUACCAGAACCGGUCUGAUGCACAUAAGGCGCUGAACAAAGCCGGGAUGAUGAUAAACGGAGUGGUUAUAGUAGGAGUGAAGCCAGUAGACCCUAUACAGAAGCAAGCUUUAAACGAGAGACUCAACAACCAAGGAUUCGUGCCUUUACCUCCACCAUCAUCCACUAGAGACACUGCUCGACCCUUGUCUCGUCCUCAGUACUUGCAAAAUGGCAGCGCUUUCUCCCCUCAACCAAGUGGUGGCGCUAUGGCCUCUCCGUCAAAGUCAAUGGUCUCAAAGUUCUUUGACUUGAUGUUCGGUGUUUAAAAGCCACUUCAAUUGGCAUUUCACGAAUGAUAUACACAUAGUUUGAAGUUUUUGAGGAGAGUGGCAAAGUAAAUCUUAGUGAAAAUUAAAAAUUGUAAGAGGUGUUUCAAAUUGUCUUUUGUAUUUUGACGACAGCCGAAAUUCAGUAAAUCUGAUUAUGAAAAUCUCCUCUUUUAGCUA